AUGGAUCUGAUUGAUCAUCUCAGUAUUAAGAAGCCGAAGAGAACAGCUUUAACGAGAAGACUAGAAAAUCUUGAUACUGAUGAGGGCUUCGCUAUUGCUGGAGCUGGGUUCUUGUUCGGUAAUUCUAUAUUGAAGCGUGUGAAGGGCAGGCUUGAAGGUGAUCAUUUAGAUGGAAAGAAAGAUUCGGACGAGGAUUUGGUUUGCGGUGCUCAGAGCAAUCUAGCUCCAACUCAACUCGUGAGACCGACUUAUGAUGGAGAAGACUUGGAACAAGAUUUCCCACAAGUGGUUAGGCCGUUUGUGAAGACCAGGGAACAUCAAUCAAUUCAUGAAGACACUGCCAAUAGUCCGAGAACUGAAAAGCAUCUGCAGACCCCAAUCUCUAAAUCGUCCCAACCGCUUACAAUGGAGGCAACCGAAAAUCUCGAAUCAAAUGAACAACAUUAUGGCUCUGCAACUCAACUAGUCAUGGACCAACCCGUCACUAUACCGGUUACUGCCAAUGACGAAGAACUUGAUACUCAGUUGUUGCCUUCCGAUUUCGAUGCAGAAAAUGGGUUGGAACCAACUGCAGCUGACCGAGAACACGUCUUGAGCAAGGGCGUUGAACCAACCGUUGCCGACAGAAGUGCUUUUCAGUCUACAAUGAACGAUGCAGAAGUUCCCUCCGGCCUUUCCUUUGGCUCUCCAAGAACGGCAUUCACGGAUCACAUGUUAGAUGACGGUGAGAUUGAACGAGACCAAGAAAGAGACAACCAUACACAGAAAUCCACCACUGAUGAAAACAAGCAAGCGACCAACACAAGAUUCGACGCUCGAGCUUUUGCAGAUGCGUUUGAUGAGGAAUCCGAGGAAGCUCAAAGUGAUAUAGAAUCAGUGAUCUCACAAAACGAAACGUUGAGAGAAGAUGCACUUUGCGGAGUGGAAGAACCUCCUGCUGAACUACAAAACAAAGCUGGAUUUAGUAAUUCGCCCGCUUUGAAGUCCAAGCAGCCUGACGAACUCAAAUCUCUCAAACUGUACCAUGGAGUCAUAAGGCAGAAACUUCAAGAUCACAAAAAUCUCGCGCUAUCAAGCAGUUCAGAGGACGAAGCUUUGAUCGAAACCACUUCGCUUUCUUCUAAAGCUGCUAUUCUCGAUUUGAAAGCACGUCUCUCGAAAAAGAAACAGAAGUCCAAAGCAGCGCUUUCUGGAGAUGCCCCAAACUUCACAUCAAUUAAGAGUUUAUUCAAUUCUCUACGAAAAGCGAACAGGGAGCAAAUUUUAGAAUACACUAAGGGCAAAUUUCAGCUGAAGGGUAUAGAUCUUGCUGCUAUAGAGGAAGAAAAGGAGUCUAUCGAAUCUCUGCUGGAAAGGGAAUUAGCUAGAAACAGAAAAAUAAGACUUCAGGAAAUUCAGCGCGAGAAACAUAAUGAUGAAAAAGAGUCCCAGGAUGGCUCUUCAAGUGAAUUAAACUUCAGCAGCAAUGAGAUUGCUUCAGACUUUUCAGAUGACGACCAACAUGAUAUUUUGAGCAACGAUAGUCCUACUGGGCCUGAGCAUACUGAUACGGAGUUGAAACAGCCUGGGGAUUUGUUUUCGGAAGGGAACUUGGAUGAUAGCGAAAAGGACGAAGGGGGAGAAGAAGAAGAAGAAGAAAAAGAAGAAGACGAAGAAGAGGAGGAAGAGGAAGAAGAAGAAGAAGAAGAAGAAGAAGAAGACGCUAUCAAGCUCUCAAGAAAUUUCAAGAACCGCCAGUUCAAAGUCGACGAAUCCGAAGAUGAAGAUAUCACGAAUCAGAGUGAAAGGAACCGCAUAGAUUUAGGUGCAUACGGCGCCAACAUACUGAAUAGUGGUACAGCUCCUGCUAACAAGCUCCACGAAUCCUCUGAUAUCAAAGUAGCCGAACUUUCUUUGGGCAUGGAGUUAGAGCGAAAUUUUACAAGCAAGCCAAUAUCGUCAAUGGAUGCAAAGAGUGCUUUGGACGAAGAAGCCGUGGCGACAAUGAUACGCAAGUUAGUUGAAAAGCGUAAACAAAGAGAAGCGCGCCGUGAAAAGCGUGCGAAGGAGUUGAGGCGAAGUAAGGCACAUAAGUUGAUGGAGAUGGAAGCCGAGGAGUCUGAGGAUGAGUGGCAUGGAAUUGGAGGUGCUGAUGGAGAAAGGUCUGAUGAAUACGACUCAGAGCUGGAGAACAUGAUUGAUGAUUACUCAAACGCAAACUUGAAUUCCGACGAAAUUCGCAAGAAGCUGAUAGAAGAGGAAAUAACCAAAGAUAAGGAUAUGGUCAACAAAAUAUUGCAUGAUAUUGAAAAUGGUGGUUUUCGUAAAAGAGGUCGCAACGCGCUCGAUAUUGAGCUCAGUGACGAUGAAGACGAAGAUCUGCUUAAAUAUCAUGCUAGAAGAAAAGAGAUUCUGCGAGAGAGGGCUGCUGGUAAUAAGGAGAUUGGAGCAUUGGCUUCUAAUCCCAAAUCUAAGGCUUUUUUCGACAGUGUUUUCGAAGAUCUAGACUCUAAGGUUAGUUUUCUAGAGGACGAUAAGCAUAGCCAUGUGGUGGACGAUGAGCAAUCAAGUCGUGCCGAAAUAGCGAUGCCAUCGAAGGAGGCGAAGAGAAAAACAGUCAUUUCAGAGGCCUUUGUACAACAGACUCUUUCAUUUUUGACUUCUCGAGACGAGGACCUGGAGUCAACAAGCUUAGCUACAGAAACAAACUUCCAAGUGGAGGUCGACAGCGACUUCAGCAAGGGGCAGGACCUCUACUCUCUGAAACAGAAAAGCAGUAUUAAAAGCUUUACAGCAGCCACGGCAGAUGCAAAGAAUGCAUUUGAUGAAGCCCUAGAUGAGGAGUUUCCUGGAAGGCACCCAAUUUCGUUAGUAAGCCGAUUCGGUCGCUUGAAUGACACAAGCGAAAAGUUCAAAGAAGGUCAAAAAACUGUGAAGACGACGAACGCAUACAAAGUUGCGGGGUCCUCAAAGGCUUCCAUAACUUAUUUAGGAAGAGCUAGAAAGCUCGCUGCGCGCAAGAAGAACUUGCGUCCGCGGCUGGGUGCGAAGCCAAAAAAAGCAGGAACUGUACCCGGCCUCCCGGCUAGUAACAUUAGUAACUUCGAUGGUUAA